AUGAUAUUUACUCCAUAUAUUAUCUGUAGUUGUGGCAAAAAGAAAUCAAAACAAGCAAACAAAACGAGUAUAAAACAAGAAAGCAAACAAAUCAAUGAAAGACAGCAACAAGAAGUAUCACAAAACAACAAAUCACUAUCACUGAAGAAGAAAGAAACUGAUGGAUCAGAAAUGAAAAAGGAUGCUAGUAACACUGAAAUAAAGAAACAAGUUGCUGUUGUUGUACCUCUUAUAACUGGAAAAACAAAAAACGGAAAUGGGCAGGAAAGUAACGAAAGGAUCAGUACAAAAAAGGCUGAAUCAUUAACUAAACCAAAAACAGAUUCGAUGAAAGCUAAUGAAAAAAUUCAGGAAGUCAUAACACAAGAAGAAUCAUUGCCGGAAAUAAAAGAAGGUAUAAUGGAAAUUGCUGAUGACGACGAUCCAAGAUAUAAGACAUUGUACAUUUUUAUGGACAAAAAAUUUGACAUCUUUGGACCUGACAAACGAAAAUCAGGACAGCCUGAAAUUGGUACGAUGAAAAACAUAUCUGAUGAGGAGUUCGCUGCUAAAAUUGAAGAAAUCAAAGCACGAUAUGAAACGAUAGCAAAGAAGGAUCAGAGGAUUGAAAUCAAUUGGGAUACUUUAUUUCAAGCAAAAAAUAUCGAAAAAAAUGAUAAUGCAUUAAUAUUUACACUACCAACGGAAGUUGUGUCAAAAAUGAAAAAGAAAAAGAAAAGAAGAAAGAAACAAUUUCGUGAAUAA